AUGGAGGUGGGGAAGGAGACGUGGACCCUGCGACGAUCUGCUCCGGUCCAGUCUACCCCAGGCGCCCCUGGCCCUGAGGCGACUGGACGGGACCCGGAAGCGGAGAGGCGCUUCAAGCUGUCACACUCCAUCGAUGGGAGCCAGUUCGCCCAGGCCCCGGCGGCCACAUCCACUGAGGAGGAGCGGACCUUUGCGGAUGAGGUCCCAUCAGUCUGCCGGGUCCACAUCCGGCAGGAGAUUUUGUCGGCAGACCACGAGGACGACGCGGCGGAGACCGUGGGUCGCGGGAUAUUGUGGAGGGAGAAGACAAGCCUAGGCCACUACCUUGCUCAUGCCAACGAUCCGCCCCCAGAGGGGGACUCAGCGGACCAGGACGACUCCUACCAGGUGAUCAGUUCGAACAGUGUACGGGGCCCGGAGAAGCAGUUUCGUGUCCAUCUCCUCACUGUGGAGGGAUUUUGCUUGGGCUGCGGUUGGCGCCCCAGGAGCACACAGAUGACAGUGCUGACACCCGGGGAGUACUGGGCCAACCCGACGGGCUACGGCAAGUGCGCACGGUGUUUUGCCAAAGGUGACCUCCCCAAAUCAUGGUUUGUGAGCCGUCUUGGCACAGUGGAGGGGAAGGACAUCCCUGAUCUUGAGGUUGACACGGAAAGCUCGGCCACGUCGGGCUCCGAGACGGAUGACUCCGUGGACACCCAGUCGGUGCUCCCAGCACCGGAGGCUCUCCAACCACAUCUGGAUUUCUUGACGAAACCGCUUGCUCUUAUCUUGGUCGCCAAACAGAUCCCCUGGGUGGUUCAGGCAAAAUUGGCCCAGGAGGGCUACGUGACGGUGGAGGACCUAGGGGACCGGUGGAACACCCCGGAGGACGCACGGGCCCAAGGACCCCGCGAUUUGGAGUUUACUGCCAUGCGCCUGCUACAGGCGGUUAGAGCGGCCAAGUCACUGGCCCAGACACAGCUUCAUGUCGGCCGCACCACGGCCACGGAACCCCCGGGCACGGCCAAGGGCCCCCUGGACAGUCUCUGCGACCGGCGGGUCUUGGAGACCGCCUAUGCUGAGGCCUACAGCUGCCUGAAACCCCGCCUGGAGUCCCAGGGUAGUGAUGCAUACCUGAAACGGCAGUUCAAGCGCAUUGCGGCCGGGGAGCUUGGCUACAUCCAGGCCAAGCACAUUGUCGGGGCCCUUCCGGAGGACGGGGAACGCCCCGUCAAGACCACACGAAAGGUGUCGGUGGAUGGCUGGGACCGGGCAGACGAGGAAGAGACCCGACCGGACCCUCGGAACCGAAGACAGUUGGAACGAACGCACACGGUGUUCCGGACCACUUUGUUGAUGUGCAUCGCAGGCCAGCCACAGUUCGCCCACCUGCGACUUUCCAAGGAGACCCCGGAUGAAUGGUAUGAGUGGUUCUAUGGGGAGGACAUCGCGGGUCGCCGACCUCCCCCUUCAGAGCGGGUGCUCCAGUUCGCUGAGCGCAACGCAUGGCGCAAGAUUCAUGACCUGGUCCACUCAGGUACACCACUCACUGAGGCCCUUUCCAAGCUCCGUCAUGACCACCUCUUUUGGCAGAGGGAGGGGCUGGGCAAGACCAGAGGAAAGCCCUGGACCCAGGUCUGGCAGACCCAAUGGGACAAGCCAGCGAAGGGCGGCAAAGACCGAGGCCGCAAGACCAGCCCUGAAGGGGGGAAAAGGCAAAACCCAGAAGGGCGUGCCCGUGGCCCUGCUCCACCUGCGUCCUCUGAGGUACCGCAAGUGGACCCCCACUCGGAGGCGAGGAAUGGUCCAGGUGCCUUGGGCCCUGUACCCCCUACACCACCUCCCAGUGAACCAAAGCCUCGACCCGCCGCUGGGGGUCCGAGCCGACCACAGCGAGACCACCAGACGAAGGCCACCUCUAUGCCCACUGGCGAGCGGGUCCCACUUCCACCAGAGGCCAAACCAACCAUUCUUCUACUCUAUGCCGGAAAGGAUGAUGCGGGCUCUUUGGACUCCUACCUCCAUGCCACAUGCCCUGACCUCUCGUCCCUGGUAUGGGCGAUCGACAUUCGACGCGACAAGGGGCCGGUGAGGGGGCGCAGUGAGACGGACGAUGACAGCAUGCUGGUGCUCCUCCAGAUGUACCUAACCUCACUGGCAUACCAAGGCUUGGCCCAGUGCCACCCGCCGCGGGGACCCCAUGGAGGUCAGCGCCAGCCCCCAGGCACACAAGUGCUCAUCCCUGUGGGUGACCCGAGCUUACAUCAAGUGGGCAAACCAGUUGCACCACCACCGCAUUAA